UAAAAGCGGGAGGCAAUUGUGAAGUCGCUGGCCAGCAAGUGGAGUGGGGACUGCAGAGGGAGAUAAAGACAGGGCAGAAAGCGGGGCGCAAGAGGUUUUCCCUGGAAACACAGAAACCCACGGUACCCACUGAAAACCAAAUCCGCCGGGAAGUCUGUAGAGACUCACAGAGAGGACCAGAGAGAAGGAGAUAAAGAGAUAAAUUCAUUCAACACCGGGGACUCCUCUCUGUCUGUCUCUCUGUUCUCUCUCUCUCUCUGUAUCCUCUCUCUCUCUCUCUCUCUCUCUGCCUGCUCUAGUCCCAAACUCCCUGUCCCCUGUGCCCCUUCCUGGGAUAACAUGCUGUUCUUCAACCUCCUGCUAGAGGUGAUUUGGAUCCUGGCUGCAGAUGGGGGUCAACACUGGACUUACGAGGGCCCACAUGGUCAGGAUCAUUGGCCAGCCUCUUACCCUGAAUGUGGAGGCAAUGCCCAGUCCCCCAUCGACAUCCAGACAGACAGUGUGACAUUUGACCCUGAGUUGCCUGCUCUGCAGCCUCAUGGAUAUGACCAGCCUGGCACUGAGCCUCUGGACUUACACAAUAAUGGCCACACAGUGCAACUCUCUCUGCCCCCUACGCUGUACUUGGAAGGAUUUCCCCGAAGAUAUGUAGCUGCUCAACUCCACUUGCACUGGGGUCAGAAAGGGUCCCCAGGGGGGUCAGAGCAUCAGAUCAACAGUGAAGCCACAGCUGCAGAGCUCCACAUUGUACAUUAUGACUCUGAUUCCUAUGACAACUUGAAUGAGGCUGCUCAGAGGCCUCAGGGCCUGGCUGUCCUGGGCAUCUUAAUUGAGGUGGGAGAGACCAAGAAUCCAGCGUAUGAGCACAUUCUGAGUCACUUGCAUGAAAUCAGGCACAAAGAUCAGAAGACCUCAGUGCCUCCCUUCAACAUGAGAGAGCUGCUCCCCCCACAGCUGGGGCGGUUCUUCCGUUACAAUGGCUCGCUAACCACGCCCCCUUGCUACCAGAGUGUGCUCUGGACAGUCUUCAGUGGAAGGGCCCAGAUUUCGAUGGGCCAGCUGGAAAAGCUUCAGGAGACAUUGUUUUCCACUGAAGAGGAGCCCUCCGAGCUCCUGGUACAGAACUACCGAGCUCCCCAGCCUCUCAAUCAGCGAUCGGUCUUUGCUUCUUUCAUUCAAGUGGGAUCCAUAUAUACCACAGGUGAAAUGCUGGGUCUAGGUGUGGGAAUCUUGGCUGGCUGUCUCUGCCUUCUGCUGGCCGUUUAUUUCAUCGUUAGAAAGAUUCGGAAGAAGAGGCUGAGAAACCAGAAAAGUGUAGUCUUCACCUCAGCACAAGCCACCACUGAAGCAUAGACUCCAUCUCAGACAUCCUGGAUGCCUUCUCUUCAUGCCUAUCAGGGAGCUUCUAAAAUGGGGAGCAGGGAUUGGCCAUAAAUGCUAUAGGAGUAGUGGGCAGACACCCCUCCUUCCUCUGGACAUCCCCUACAGAGAUGCAUGGACCCAGGCUUUCAAUCAAGGAAGAAUAGCAGAGCCUUCACCCUCUCAAAACAUGCAGGAGAUGAGGAGAUUCCUGUGCUGUCAAUGCAGACGGCAAACUUCAUUAGUUGUAGGGGAAUUCCAAAGUCCCCUGACUCCCUCACCUUUCUGUCCCUUUCUCUAGACAUACUGCAGGGUCUCCUCUUAGGACAGGGGGUGGCUGUUGUUAGAGUUAUAUUUUUUUGCUCAGUAUAUUUGGAAAUUAAAUUUUCUGACUCCACCUCUGGUGAGAGAGUUCCUUAAUCUCUUAGAUGGUGGAGGUGGACGAAGGAUAGCGGAAAAAGAAGCAUGGGUGAUUAACCCCUUCGGUCCCAGUCCUGGAAGGGGAAGAUCCACUUCUGGAAAAUAGCCCCAAGUCUCUGAUGUGUUAAAUUCCCAGCACAGGUUUCUGCCCUGGAACUGAAGCUAUGCCUGGAAGAGACCAGGGGUUGCCAGGUUAAGAAGGAAGCUGGACAAGAAACACGAGAGGGCAGAA